GAGUCCCGCCGACCCCGGGUGCCCCCCGGCCCUCGGGGCGCGGCGCCCACGGGGUCUGCGGCGGGGGCGGCGCCCGGGCCGGCCAUGAGCUCCCCGCCGCCUGCCCGCAAGGGCUUUUACCGCCAGGAGGUGACCAAGACGGCCUGGGAGGUGCGCGCCGUGUACCAGGGCCUGCAGCCCGUGGGCUCCGGCGCGUACGGCGCGGUGUGCUCGGCCGUGGACAGCCGCACCGGCGCCAAGGUGGCCAUCAAGAAACUGUACCGGCCGUUCCAGUCCGAGCUGUUCGCCAAGCGCGCCUACCGCGAGCUGCGCCUCCUCAAGCACAUGCGUCACGAGAACGUCAUCGGGCUGCUGGACGUGUUCACUCCUGAUGAAACCCUGGAUGAUUUCACAGACUUUUACCUGGUGAUGCCGUUCAUGGGCACCGACCUGGGCAAGCUCAUGAAGCAUGAGAAGCUGAGCGAGGACCGAAUCCAGUUUCUUGUCUACCAGAUGCUGAAGGGGCUAAAGUACAUCCACGCUGCUGGCAUCAUCCACAGGGACCUGAAGCCUGGCAAUCUGGCAGUGAAUGAGGACUGUGAGCUGAAGAUCCUGGACUUCGGCUUGGCCAGGCAGGCCGACAGCGAGAUGACUGGGUAUGUGGUGACCCGGUGGUACCGCGCGCCUGAGGUCAUCUUGAAUUGGAUGCGUUAUACACAGACAGUGGACAUCUGGUCAGCGGGCUGCAUCAUGGCAGAGAUGAUCACUGGGAAGACGCUGUUCAAGGGCAGUGACCACCUGGACCAGCUGAAGGAGAUCAUGAAGGUGACCGGGACGCCUCCCGAGGAAUUUGUGCAGAGGCUGCAGAGCGCCGAGGCGAAGAACUACAUGAAGGGCCUCCCCGAGUUGGAGAAGAAGGAUUUUGCCUCCAUCCUGACUAACGCAAGCCCUCUGGCCGUGAACCUCCUGGAGAAGAUGCUGGUGCUGGAUGCAGAGCAGCGGGUGACUGCGGCCGAGGCGCUGACGCACCCCUACUUCGAGUCACUGCAGGACACAGAGGACGAACCCGAGGCCCAGAAGUACGACGAGUCCUUUGACGAUGUGGCUCGCACGCUGGACGAGUGGAAGCGUGACACAUAUAAGGAAGUGCUCAGCUUCAAGCCUCCCCGGCAGCUGGGGACCAAGGUGUCCAAGGAGACAGCGCUGUGAAGACCCCGGGGCCCCGAGUGUGGUGGGGAGGAGGCCUUGAGGACCCUGGCUGGGCUUCCACCUGGAAGGGGGUCCUGACUAUCACUGUGACUUUGGCUGGGGUUUGCAUCCCGGGAGACCUCUUGUUCCAUGGCCCCUCUCCCCCAAACCUCUUGUUACCCUGCUCUCAAGGCUCCCACCUCAGCCUAACCUUGGGGGGGGGGCAUGUGGACCUUCUGGACAGGAUGUCAGCCUGACCUGGGACUGGCCUCUGACUCCCUGAGCAGUGGUCCCCUCCCUCAGGUGCAACAAGAAGCCCCAGAGCCUGUGGCGGGUGGGGGGUGGUGAGGCUUGGGUCAGGGCUCGGCCUGGCCCUGCCCGCCCCCGCCCCUGCUGAAGCCUAGUUCAAGCAGCUGAGAAAGAUACACAGGGAGGGCACCGAGUGCCUACUCAGGGAUGUCUCUCCUGGGGGGCGUUGGUGUGGGCUCCCCGGAACCCCCAGCCCGGACUGGCUCUGUGCUAAGCCCCCAUGGCAGGAAGGAAAUAAACCCUUUUGUAGAGAGCCCA